AUAGAUUUUCAGUAGGCAUUGGAAGGGCUCGGCAGGCCCUUGCAGUGGUGCAUUUGACACUUUAAGUGUCCGAACGGCGUCGUUUUUAUGCUUGUUCCUGAUCUCCUUCCUUCUUCGUGAGCCUCAGUCGGAAGUUGGAACUCACAUAAACCCUGGCGCAUCCUAGAUUGCUAGGGCAGAUAUCGAGUGAAUUUGCUUAAUUGCGUAGAAUGCUGUCAUCUGGAGAGGUUAUUUUUUAUCUGAAGGAUCAGUGGAUUGAAGCAGUGCCGCAAUAUGAGCAUAUUCAGCAAAAUGAUUUUUCAUAUCGAAAACACAGAAAGCAAAAAGAAGAGGACAUUGCCAUCUGCGAAUGCAAAUUUGAUGCCAGUGAUCCUGAGAGUGCAUGUGGGGAGAGGUGCUUGAAUGUUCUAACUAGCACAGAGUGCACCCCUGGUUAUUGCCCUUCUGGUGUCUAUUGCAAGAAUCAGAGAUUUCAGAAAUGUGAGUAUGCUAAGACAAAGUUAUUUAGAACUGAAGGCUGUGGGUGGGGUCUCCUUGCUGAUGAGGACAUAAAGGCUGGACGGUUUAUUGUUGAGUACUGUGGAGAAGUAAUAUCAUGGAAAGAAGCAAGGAGAAGAUCCCAAGCCUAUGAAAAUCAAGGUCUAAAAGAUGCAUUUAUCAUUUCACUCAACUCCUCUGAAUCCAUUGAUGCCACUAAAAAGGGCAGCUUAGCUAGAUUUAUUAAUCAUUCAUGCCAGCCUAAUUGUGAGACAAGAAAGUGGAAUGUUUUGGGGGAAAUAAGAGUUGGAAUAUUUGCAAAACAGGAUAUUUCAAUUGGAACUGAACUGGCAUAUGAUUAUAAUUUUGAAUGGUACGGUGGUGCUAAGGUUCGCUGCCUCUGCGGUGCAACCAGCUGUUCUGGAUUUCUGGGAGCAAAAUCUCGAGGUUUCCAGGAGGAUACUUACCUGUGGGAAGACGAUGAUGACAGGUAUUCCGUUGAAAAAAUUCCACUAUAUGAUUCUGCAGAAGAUGAGCCUUUCUCUAAGCUCCUAAAAAUUGCCAACUCAUCCAAUUCUGAGUAUGAUAGUGGCAUGAAUGUUGAAUGUUCUGAAAUGACAAAUUUUAAUGCGGGAUCUGAGCACCAUGUGGAGUCUGCUGCUCUUGUUGUAAAGCCACUUGAUUCAGUUUCAACGCAAGGUGCAAUUAUGAAUCCAGUAAAAAUAGAAGCCAGUGAAGAGAUGAAUUUGUACUCCCAAGAUGCUCAACAGGCCUUUGCACAAAAGAGGACAAUGAUAUCCUUCAUUGGAGGUAAUAGUACAUGUGGGAAUUAUCACAUGGGACAAGGCCCUAUGCCAAAGAAACGUUCAAAGCAUUAUUCUAAUGUAAAGUUGAAACAACCCCCGCAAAAGCAAGUUGAUGCAAAACUUGUUGCCAAACUCUUAGCAACGAAAGAGGCACAAAAGGAAGUGCUCACAUAUGAGGAAGUGAAGAAUGACGCAUCCUCCCAGCUUUCUUCCUUAUACAAUGAAAUAAGGCCUGCAAUUGAGGAGCAUGAGAGGGAUAACCAGGAUAGUGUAGCUACCAGCGUAGCGGAGAAGUGGAUAGAAGUAUGCUGCCUAAAAUUGAAGGCAGAAUUUGAUCUUUAUUCCUCCAUUAUCAAAAAUGUUGCCUGUGCUCCUCGACGGGGAAUUGACCGAGCCCAACCUUCUGAGGUCGUAGACAAUGAUAACGAGGUGAAGUACCUGGGAUUUUGAAUAUGCGGAGAUUCAAUUCCUUAAAACUAUAUAAACGUUAAUUGGUCAAAGAGAGAAGAUUCUCCUCCCUCUCGCCAGGUUCUAGCUGUCUAAAAACUCUGGAUGUACUGACAUUUGAAUUUUUGUCAACCUUGUAUGUAUUUGUUGUGCUAAAAUACUCGAGAUUUUCAUCAAAUUCAGCUAAUUUUCUGAAGGGUGCAGCAAAAGUCAAGAGUGUUGUUCCCACCAAAGAAUCACAAACUUAGAGUUUAUUUUACUUCCAUUUUCGAGUUUUAUUGUCUAUUAGACUAGAGAAACAUUUGUUUUUAUUUGUACUCUCAAUUUAGAUUGUAUUUAAUAUACAAUUAACAAAAAUCAUGGUGUUAAAGUGCAAUAGGUGUAAUAUUGUAGGGUAAAUGUUUAUGAAAUGACUUUUAUUGCUUUAAA